CCGUGCCCGUGCACCUGUCAUGCAGGUCCGUGGCUACGCCGCUGCUAAGAACGUCCAGCCUCCUGUGCAAUUGUUCGGUGUCUCCGGUACCUACGCUUCCGCCCUCUACACCGCUGCCGCGAAGACCACCUCCGUCGACUCCGCUGACAAGGCUUUGUCCGCUUUGAAGGGCCUCGUCACUAAGGACGUCAAGCUCAACGCCAUCAUCUCCAACCCCUCGCUCUCCGUCGAGGACAAGAAGACCAUCACCCAGACCCUCGUCAAGGCCGUCUCCGCCGAUGCGUCCGUCAAGAACCUCCUCGAGGUCAUGGCCGAGAACAACCGUCUCGGUCUCCUCGCCGAGGUCGCUGAGCAGUACCAGACUUUGAUCCGUGCCGGAAAGGGCGAGAUCGAGGUUACCAUCACCUCCGCUUCCCAGCUCGACUCCAAGACCCUCUCCCGUCUCGAGUCCGCGAUCUCCAAGUCCCCAUUCGCCAACAGCAAGAAGUUGAAUGUUACCAACAAGGUUAACGACUCUAUCCUCGGUGGAUUGGUUGUUGAGAUCGGAGACAGGACUAUUGAUCUGAGCGUUGCCAACAGGAUCAGCAAGUUGAACAAGUUGUUGACUGAUGCUGUGUAA